CUUUCCCAGUCCAGCCUGUUUUUGUGGUGUCUACUGCUGGUCUCCCCAAGCUUGUGUACUUGGGCUUGAGUGUGUUCUGUGUGUGUGUGGUUCACUGUGUUAAGACCUACAAAAAUUCACUGGCAGUGUUUGGUUAGUUUGACAAAGCAGUGGUCUACCAUUAGUGGUUUGUGGUCAGCAAUGGCUGCUUUUAAGUUGGAUUUCCUCCCAGAAAUGAUGGUGGAUCAUUGCUCUUUGAAUGCCAACUCUAUCUCAAAGAAAAUGAAUGGCACAUUGGAUCACCCUGAUCAACCAGACAUUGAUGCCAUCAAGAUGUUUGUGGGUCAAGUCCCUCGGAGUUGGUCUGAGAAGGAUCUGCGGGAACUAUUUGAACAAUAUGGUGCCGUCUAUGAAAUUAAUGUCCUGCGAGAUAGGAGCCAAAACCCUCCUCAGAGUAAAGGGUGCUGUUUUGUUACAUUUUAUACCCGUAAAGCUGCACUAGAAGCACAGAAUGCCCUUCAUAACAUGAAGAUUCUCCCAGGGAUGCACCAUCCUAUCCAAAUGAAGCCAGCUGACAGUGAAAAGAAUAAUGCAGUGGAAGAUAGGAAACUGUUCAUUGGGAUGAUCUCAAAGAAGUGCAAUGAAAAUGAUAUCCGAGUGAUGUUUUCCCCGUUUGGGCAGAUUGAAGAAUGCAGAAUUUUACGGGGUCCAGAUGGCUUAAGCCGAGGUUGUGCUUUUGUGACUUUUACAACAAGAGCUAUGGCACAAACAGCAAUCAAAGCAAUGCAUCAAGCACAGACCAUGGAGGGGUGCUCUUCUCCCAUCGUAGUGAAAUUUGCAGAUACCCAGAAAGACAAAGAACAGAAAAGAAUUGCACAGCAGCUCCAGCAACAGAUGCAACAAAUCAGUGCUGCCUCCGUUUGGGGAAACCUAGCUGGACUGAACACACUUGGACCCCAGUACUUAGCACUUUAUUUACAGCUCCUUCAGCAGACAGCAGCUGCCUCCUCUGGGAAUCUGAAUACACUGGGCAGCCUCCAUCCAAUGGGAGGUCUGAAUGCAAUGCAGUUACAGAACUUAGCUGCAUUAGCGGCUGCAGCAAGUGCCGCUCAGAAUACGCCAAGUGGUACCACUGCACUCAAUUCUUCCAACAGCCCUCUAAGUGUACUCACCAGUUCAGCAGGUUCAUCCCCCAGUUCCAGUAGCAGUUCAUCUGUCAACCCAAUGGCUUCUCUUGGAGCACUGCAAACACUGGCAGGGGCUACUGCAGGUCUCAGUGUUGGCUCUUUAGCAGGAAUGGCAGCCUUAAAUGGUGGACUGGGCAGUAGUGGCCUUUCAAAUGGCACAGGUAGCACAAUGGAGGCCCUUUCUCAGGCCUACUCCGGGAUUCAGCAAUAUGCUGCUGCCGCAUUGCCCACACUCUACAACCAGAGUCUUUUAACACAGCAGAGUAUUGGCGCAGCAGGAAGUCAAAAGGAAGGUCCAGAGGGAGCCAAUCUUUUCAUCUACCACCUCCCCCAGGAGUUUGGGGACCAAGACCUGCUGCAGAUGUUCAUGCCUUUUGGGAAUGUUGUCUCUGCCAAGGUUUUCAUUGACAAGCAGACCAAUCUGAGCAAGUGCUUUGGUUUUGUAAGUUACGACAAUCCAGUCUCUGCACAGGCUGCCAUCCAGUCAAUGAAUGGAUUUCAGAUUGGCAUGAAGCGACUGAAAGUACAGCUCAAGCGCUCUAAGAAUGACAGCAAGCCAUACUGAGCGCCCCUCCCCUUUGGAACUGGAGUGAGAAGGAUCUUCUGAUUCCUGCCGUUUGUUCAUCGUUGUGCCUAAAGCAUGUCGAUGUGGCGUUCAAGUACAUCGUCCAAAUCCUUGUCUCUUCAGCUUCUCUGAUGCUUGAACUCUCGCCUUUUGACCUUGUGUUGACUUUUGAUGCUGAUGUGUAUUUUUAUUAUGUUUGUUUCUUUUUGUUUCUUUCCUUUUUUGUGCUGCCAAAUUGGUUUUGCUAGAAAGACUGCUGAAGGGGAAUAUUUAAACUUGCAUUUGAAUAUAAAAGAAUUCUAUUUUUCUAGAACUUCGUAAGAUAACCACUUGAUUUUGUGAUUCUGAUUCUUUGUAAUUGUCUUCAGAGCAGCCUUGCUAGCAUACCUCGUGGAGUAUUUGUAUCUCUGUGAUCAUACAGCCAAUCACUUCUAGGCUUAGUUUUUUCUGUGUGCUUAGUUUUAAAACAGAUCUUUGAAGGAAAAAGUAAAAUGAUGCAACUUAAAACUUUCAGGAGGCUUCUGGUCACAUUUUGCUGAAUCUACUUUCUGUGUUUGAGGAGACAGCAUGUAUUCUUUGACUUGAGUAGCCUCAGCAGAAAACACUUGAACUACACUUUCUCCUGAUUGUAGCUGCAUUUUAGCCCUGGCACUUACUGUUUUUUCCUUCCUGUGUGAUUAUCAGCCUCUGUCUGCAGUGAAAGUUUAAUCAAAGUUGAUGUUGUAUUUUGUUAAACCCUACCCUAGCAUGCUUAGUUUUUUGUAACUGCAAUCUCCUCAGCAAAAUAUGAGAUUUUGUUUUUUACAAACUCAAAUAAUGCCCUUGUAAACGUUUUGCAUGUUUCCUGCUGUGUUCUUCACAAUCUCGUAUAUAUACACCCUUCACCUCUGUUUUCUAUAGUUUGUGCAAAAACUGAGCAAUUUAAUAGGUUUCAAAGCUAUCCAUUUUUGGAUGCCAGACUUGUGGUCAUGUGUCACAUAAGGACAUCUCCUGUGCAUUUGGACUACUUUACACAAUAGCUGCACCUUGCUCUAUCAUCACAGCUAUGGAAAGGUCUCAGGGGGCUUGAUUGCACUGUUUUGAUGGUAGUGGAGGUGGCAGGGAUAGAAGAUUAGCAGGAAGGUGUGUGAUGUUUGCAGUAAUAUUGCUUCUAAGAUCCAUUGGAGCUAAAGCUCUUUUCGGGUAGCCUUAAUUUGUACCUCUUGUUCAAUAUGUAACUUGCUGUGUGAGAUUUAACACCAUCAUAUCUGAGCGGAUGGAAGCUUGGUUGGCUCUCCUGUCAUCACACUUGAAGUAGCAUGUUCUGUGUAUGUAUCCCAUAGAAGGAAUGUAUGUAUCCCAUAGUAAGCCUAGGCACAAAACUGCUGGCUCUUUCCCCAAGUGACAAGCACAAUAUAACAGCAUACUAGCUGUUACCUGAACAGGGUACCAACCCCGGCUCCUUUUCUCAGGGGCCUUAGCUGGGGAAUCUCUCUCUAGAGAUAUUUUUUGUUUGUUUUUUGUUCUUAAGUUGGGUAAGGAGUCAUGCAGGGUCCCUCCCCCCUUUUCUGACCUGAUUAAAAAAAAAAUAGGGCAGAUCUUCCUUCUCUGGGAAGCAUGCUUUAGCCUUGUAGCACAUAUAACCUAUUAUAGAAGCUGAGACUUAGUACUGGGUUUUGGAGCACCUGCAAGAAAAUCCUGUGGUAGGUGCCUAAUCACACAAGGGGCAAAGUGGUGUGAGGAAGCUGGGAAGGAACUUUGACAGGAGGAAAGAGCAUGAAGAGAAUUUUUGGAGAGUAGGACUGCACGGGAGACCUAUCUCUACGCUAGGUGGAGGGCUAAUUUGUUCCACUGAAUUGGACACAAUUCUCUGCCCUAUGCUGGCUGGGUAACCAUUUCUCCAUGCUUGUUAGAUGAGUAUGUAUAGUUAGCUUUUCCCUCAACCUUGUGAUCAUCACCUUUUUGAGGAGUUGCUUGAAAAGGUUAUGGCUGCAUUAUCUGAGGGUACAGCUGUGAGAUGGUUACUCUUAGGCUCAAGUCGCAAUGCACAGGGAUGUCUUAUGGCAGGGGAGGUCAAGACCCUGCAAUGCAUUGAUUAAUUUUGCCAAUACAUUUCUUUACAAUGUGCAUUCAGUUCCAUGAGGAACUCUGGGGAAUCCUGUGGAAAAAAGAAAACUCUGGAGAAAACCAAAAUGCCAAACAUUGGAUGUUCCUUUUCUUUCUUCUUUCCUUUCUUACCUUGGUUGUUUUAAUUAUUCUGUGGUGGUUUUAAUGGAUUUGAGACAGUAAAGCAGCAGCUGCCUUUUAUUUCUGGCUGCUUUUUGUGAAUAAUUUAAAAAAAAGAAAAUUUACAUUUUGGAAACAAACCUGUGGGAUUUUUUAUUGGUACAAACAUUGUAUUUAACACUAGGGGUUUUGUACAGUUUUUUGCCUUUUCUACUAGAAAACAAUGUAAAGUGAUUCACAAAUGUGACAAGAAAACAAAUUGCCACUAUGACCAAAUGUAGAGUCUGUUCUGCAGUAACAGGAUUUAAUCAACUCAGUCGUGAUUCUGUUGUAGCAAAGCUUUUCUUUACCUUGUUUGAACUCUUCCUUUUUCUUGUUUGAUUUGCAAAACAAAAUGUCUUUUUUGUGUGAAAUUGUGUUGUACUCUGUAGAAAAAUUAUGGAUUUUACUUUAAUGAUUUAAAAAUAACAGAAGCAUAUGUUGCUUUUCCGAUCACGGAAUUUGUGUAGUGGAUUUAAAAAUGAAAAUUUUGUUACAAGUUUGGAACAAGCGAGUAUGUAUUAAGGAAUUUUUUUCCUUUGUGUGUGGUUUCUUUUUGUCCCACUGGGGAACUUAAAGCUGUUUUAAUUGCACAGACACACCGACAAAAAGUCAUUUUGUAUAUGCCAAGUGUGGUACCUCCCUUUGUCUAUUUGCUAUUAAACUGUUUGAGAAGAA